GCCCCCCUCCCCAGCUUCACUUGGCCGCGCGGACCCGGCUCCCGGCUGGAGAGCUGCGGCCAAGCCAUAGCCGGAGGCAAGCCCUAGCGGCGCCAUCCCGGACCCCGCGCCGCCGACCGCCGGCCCGCGGGCGACGGGCAUGCUGGCAUGGCAGGACGGCGGGGCCAAGGCGGCUCCCUCCCACCACAAGAUCUCUUUCUCCGUCCUGGACAUCCUGGACCCGCAGAAAUUCACCCGCGCAGCGCUCCCGGCGGUGCGCCCGGCUCCCCGGGAAGCCAGGAAAAGUUUGGCCGAGAUGGAAGCGGGGAAAGAUGCCAGCUCCAGGGACGCUGUACGACAGCUGGAGACCCCUGAUGCUGCGGGCCCAGGCGCCGCCCAGGCGUCCCCCCUGGAGGGUUCCGAAGCGGAAGAGGAGGAGGAUGCGGAGGAUCCGGGGAGGCCGCGGCGGCGGGAGCGGGCUGCGCGCUUGCUGCCGGGCCCAGCGCGCUCACCUGACGCCCCGGCCGGGGCAUUGGCGUCUGGGGAGCCCUGCGAGGACGGCGGGGGCGGCCCUGUGGGGUCCCCUCCGGGCUCCCCGGGCUCCCCGCGGCCCAGGCGCCGGCGCGUGGUGCCCAACUGCGCCAAGCCGCGGCGCGCGCGCACCGCCUUCACCUACGAGCAGCUGGUGGCCUUGGAGAACAAGUUCCGGGCCACACGCUACCUGUCCGUGUGCGAGCGCCUGAACCUCGCGCUGUCGCUCAGCCUCACCGAGACGCAGGUCAAAAUCUGGUUCCAGAAUCGCAGGACCAAGUGGAAGAAGCAGAACCCGGGUGCCGACGGCGCGGCGCAGGUUGGGGGUGGCGCGCCCCAGCCAGGGGCGGCGGGGGGCGGCGGCGGCGGCUCGGGGGGCAGUCCUGGCCCUCCCGGCACCGGCGCUCUGCCCUUCCAGACUUUCCCCUCCUACUCCGCGGCCAACGUCCUCUUCCCGGCCGCCGCCUCCUUCCCGCUGACGGCUGCCGUCCCCGGGAGCCCUUUCGCGCCGUUCCUCGGGCCUUCCUACCUGACCCCCUUCUACGCCCCGCACCUAUGAAUCAGGAGCCCCCCGGCCCCUCCUUCGCGGGAUUCACGAGGGAUUGGCAUCGUCGUGUGCCCUCGGCUCCUCCACCCGGGGUGCAGGUGCGGGGGUGUCAGAGCGCCCCUUCCCUUCCAGAGGCCUGAGACUCCGCCCCUCUGCCCGCCUUGGGCACCUGUGAUCCUCGCGAGCCACCAGGGGUCAGGGAUCUGCCAUCCUUCUGAGUGUCCGGGGACGGAGGCUGACCCCAAACCUUGCGGUUUCUGGACCUUGCUGUUCACUGUGGGUCAGGUUUAAUUCAGUUCAGGGGCUAUUUUUUGAGGCUCUGGGUGUUCGGCGCGGAGCUAACCAAGAUGCCAGGAGGGAAACACGCGGAGCAGAGACGCCCUGGUUGCCAGCUGCUGGCGGCUAGGAUGGAACCUUUAAAGGUGCUGGCUCAUCAAAGGCUGAGAAACAGUCUCUGUUCACAACUGACAGCUUCCCCUCCUCAUGCUCGAUGGUUCAGCCCAAACCCAGAGAAUUCUUCCAGAUCCUGAACGAGGCUGGGGAAAGCUUGGUCCUGGAGCACACACGGCCCCUCUGAAACGACUAUUUUUAAAAUGCAUAAAACUCCACAUUUCUAGAUCUUUACUUAAGAUUCGGCCUGGAGCGCAAUACUUGUUCCAAAUAACCUCCCCAGGUUAUUCCUGAGAGGGGGGUACCUUGGUGUUCUGAGUAGGCCGGAAGUUUGUGGUAGGAAAGGUGACUUUGAUGUGUAGCUAGACUCACCUGCUAAAGUAGACACAAGUCUGUUGCACUGCAAGUUUUGAGAACAGCUUGGACCAAACCACACAGUGGACCCAAAGGCAUAAAAAUGAUAAUGAAGGCAGCAAUGGCUCAACUAAUAUCAGGAAGUCUAUGCAUGAGGCUGCCUACUUUGAUUUGCAGUAACUGAUUCUUUAAAACUUCAGUCCUGGCUUAUCUGCCUGUCCCAGGGAUUCCUGGGCUCCCAGUAGUGAGCCAGGUUGGGGAAGAGCUAGCUCCACCAGCACACAAUACAUAUGGACAGCUGAACUAUUUUUUAAAAGCACAAACUCAACAUUUUUAGAUCUCCAUCUAGGAUUCUGACUUGAAAACAAUUCUUAUUACAAACAGACUCUCCACGGUGGUGAACAAGCGGAGAUUGUAAGGGCCCAUGAAAGCAAUACUUGGGUGUGAAGAGCUGUCAUGUUCCUACUGGAUUCACCUCCAGGAACCUGAUACAUGGACAUGCAUUUUAACUGCUGCUUUUAUUACCUCUCUUAAAAAAUUCGUUCUGCGAAAUUCCCUUGCCACUUUUGCUUGGGAUACGUUUCCUUUAGUUUUCUACCUAAUAUAAUCUUGUAGCCCACAUCUCAGAAACCCGGAGGUCCCCAGUUGUGUCAUGUAUGUUUCAUUCUCACUUUUGAUUACUUGAGGCCAGCUGAGAUGUAUGUGGAUACCAUAUUCCUUGAUAUUUUUUGGUAGCCUAUGCUACUAACAAUCAAAUUUAGUGCUCAAUGGCUUCAAAGUAAAGCACACUGUUUGGCAUUAUGGAUUGCAGUUCCAUUACUAUGAUCUUGAAAUAGCUUGUUCUAUCAUCAGGAAUGAUAGAAAAUAUUCCCCAUUUCUCCCAAAUUAAAUGAAGACUUUAUGGUUCAUGUGACUCUCAUAAGGUUUGAUACUAUAUAUUAUUUAAUUACUUAAUAUCCACUAAUUAGACUCUUUUCCUUCUAAAGAAGAAUGUCCCCCAGACAACACAUUGUAACUUUCUAAAAGACAGUUGGUGCCAGAUGAGAUUAAAAAUGCAGAUACUAUACGAGAUAAUAUUUACCUUACCCUUUGGUAAACACUCCUUUAAUAACUAUUCGUUGGUUUCUCAAAAGCAAUAUCCCAUAUUAAGCAGACAAUUCAAGUGUGACAAUUCCUCUGUAACAAAUACGCUGAAUUUCUGUAAUAAGUGGGAAACAUUUCAUUCCAGUCUUCUCAGGUACCAGAAUCACGGACGUCAGUAGAAGAGAGGAAAUAGGGAGGGAGGUGGGAGACUGAUGUGUUCGUGGCCUAGCAUGGUGCUGUGAUUCCUGACCCUCUGGUUUCCACAGAUUGUUGCAGAGUCAUGCUUGAAGUGUGUGACUUUGGACUUCUGCUGCUUUAAAAGGCCCAGUGGCUUUCCAACCAAAUCCUUAGACUCAAUCUAUUGGUGUGUUUGUCUAAUAAAUUCUUUUUGUAAUACAUU